UUCCUACAUACUGUAAAGGAGAGGAAGGACCUGGAGAGAAUGGUUAAGUGGAGCCUGGGUGCGAUACUUCAAGAUGUUAAGGGUACAGGUUCUUGCAUUUUUUUCUAGCGAAGGCUUAAGUUUAUUACUAACAUCUUGUCUGUGGGUGCGCAGAGUUCAAACCUUAAAGAAUGAGUAUUUAGUCAUGGCGGCUACAACCAGAUAGUUACAACAGACUUUCCAGUUUUACUGAUCUGUAAUCUGUGUGUACCGCUCGUGUAUAUUAAAAGUGUGUUUGUGCAUAUCAAAUCUGUGUGUGUGUGUAUAUGUAUACAAACAACAGUAUAACGUAUAAAAAUAUUUAUUUAUCGGAUAUGCUGUUCUAAAUACAUUACAUAAAGCCAGACGUAAGAUACCUGUCACCGAAUUCCAAAUGAUAAAAAUAUGAAUAAAAACCCUGAGUGUGUACCCGUUUGUGAUGACAGCUACCGGGCGAUGGGAACACAAGUUGUCUUCUCUUAUCAAAGUUGACGCCUACUGAUGAGAGCAGCUUGAGGCCAACAGACAAAGCACUCCUGUCCCUAUCAAGCCCAGAUAGUGAGGCUGUUGUUAGACCCGGGGUUGGAGCAGGUGAACUGUCACAGUAGGCUGUGUGAGGGGUGACAUGAUGGCGUCCAGUGGCUACAGGCUCACCAGACUCUGCGCCUCCCUCGUCCUGGUGCUGGUGAUUGGCGCUCAAGAGUCCGGGGCUUUCAACUGGACAUCGGCGUUACAAAAUGGCAGUUUGAUUAACGACUGCACAGGUAACACUGUCACCUUCAACUGGACCUUUACUAUCAAAACCGAUGAACACGUCCUCAACGAAGAGUGGUACUUCAGACCUAUAGGGAAAACCGACAAUAACCUAAUUGCGACGAUGGUAGCUGGAAACUUUCUGACAGUGGGUGGUGAACCCCAGCCGCAGGUCACACAAGAUGAGACUGGCAUUCACCUGCACAACGUGACGUCAGCUGACAGCGGCGUGUACUCCGUGCACCUGAACGUAAUCGGACCCUCGGGGCAGACGGUCAUGGGCUACCAGGAGGUCGAGCUGGACGUCGCAGAAGGACCGCAGACAUCCAGCGGGUACCUCAACGUUAGUCUGAUACCCGAGCCGGUAUUCGUGAACGAAAGUGGGCAGUACCAUGCACAGCUUGUCUGCGGCAACUUCACCACCAUGGGUAACCCUCCCGUCUCGCUUGAGUGGACAACCCCAGGAGGACAUGUGUACCCGAGCACCUUCUCCACUGCAAACAACUUUACGUUUGCGAUUCCGAAUCCAGUGGAGAGCGGACAUUACGCCUGUCGCCUCAACACCUCCCUGCCAUCCGAGGUGUGCGCCAAGGCCGGCACGCUGCUGAGUGAAAGUGCCUCGCUCCUCCUGGACGGCCAGGAGAUAAGGCUACAGCUCAUGGAGUUCAGAUGACAAAGCUGGAA